UGCUGAAUGUUGCGGGGGCAGAAUAUACUCCAAUUUGCGCACCUGACUGCAAUUGUCCUCGGUUUCCUCCUGUCUGCCUUGCAUAGAAGCGAGUGGGGAUUAGCAUUGUCCGACUCCAACCCCUAGAAUCUAGAUAUCGAAAAGCGCAAAGAGCGGCCAUGGCUUCCGCCGCUGUGGCCUCCCGGUUGGGUGCUUGCCAAGCCACGACAGCCCUCCAUCAAAGAUCGACCCGCUCACUCUCAAAUGUAACUCGUUCCGCCCUCCCUUCUUUCUCGGGCUUGAAAGCGGCUGGAGCUCUAGGCCAGUCAAAGAGUACAGCAGCACGGCCUCAGACUGCAAAUGCAAGGCGGCCGAGGACCGUGGCUCCCCAGGCCACAAUGGACCCUGUCCGGAACCCUCUUUACGGACGCACGCACUCCUCCCAGUGGGCCAACAAUCAGUACACGUUUGAGGUUGACGACAGGGCCACCAAGACAGAGAUUCGCUCGUUCCUAGAAGCUGUUUUCCAAGUCCGGGUUGUGUCCAUCAACACGUGGAAGCUACCAAACAAAGUGACGCGACGGGGGGGUUCGGUUGGUGUGAAGGUCCGGCGGAAGAGAGCUACCGCGAAGGUCGCAUGGGGCCAGCGGAUGCGUGUCUACCCGGACCCUCGGUCUUACAUCAACGAGUAGGCAGGUUGUUGGGGACUCUUUGACACAUUGCUAGAAAUCUCAAUGAUGGGCGACUUUUUUGGGGGAAGUCGCGAGCGGACGGACAUAUAGAUACAUUUACAAAAGGUCACGUGUGUAAGGUCAGCCUCGAACAGGUUCAUCACGAAAGCACAGGGUUCCACACUUUGUCAGUUGAUAAGGUGGGAAAGGCAAUUCUGGUUGCAAUGGACGGCUAUGUCCAUGUUAUAAAGAGACGGCAAAACCAUUCCAAUUUUGCUGCAGACAUCUGGCAGGAAUCUCGAAGUUUCAACUUUCUGAGUGAUUCAGUGUCAUGCCAUUAAUGAGUCUGCAUCAUUGUCUUGGUCUGAUUGAACAUAUUGAUA